AUGCACUGGACACCGGAACACGCCCAGCCCCUAAACCAGUGGCCAGAGCAGCACCUAGACGUCUCCUCUACCACCCCAUCACCGGCCCACAAAUUGGAGUUGCCCCCUGGGGGUCGUCAGCGCUGCCAUUAUGCGUGGGCACAUGAUGACAUCUCCGCCCUCACCGCCUCCAACCUUCUCAAGCGAUAUGCGGAGAAGUACUCAGGGGUCCUGGACUCCCCCUACGAGCGCCCCACCUUGGGCAGCUAUGGCGAUGCUGCCUUCCUCAACGGCGCCAAGGGGGACCCCGAGCCUUGGCCAGGGCCAGAGCCUCCCUACCCCCUGGCCUCACUCCACGAGGGCCUCCCGGGAACCAAAUCGGGCAGUGGGGGUGGCUCCGGAGGCCUGGGGGGCUCCCCAGCUUUAGCCGGGAAUCUGCCUGAACCCCUCUACGCUGGCAAUGCGUGCGGGGGCCCGUCGGGGGCCCCGGAGUACGCAGCGGGCUACGGCGGGGGGUACCUGGCGCCCGGCUACUGCGCCCAGCCCGGCGCGGGGCUGCCCCCGCCCCCACCCGCACUACUGCACCCCUACCUGGCCUCCGGCCUGGCGGCGCCCACGCCCCUGCCCGCGCCACCCCGGCCAGCGCCCACCACCUACAGCUUCCAGGCGGCGGCUCCGGGCGCCGAGGCCGGGGUCUCCCUGAAGAGGAAGGCCACCGACGAGGGCGGGGAAGGCCGCUACCGCAAGUACGUCUACGAGCCCACCAAGACCCCCGUAGCCGAUGGCGCCUCCUACUCCGCCACAGACAACGGCGAGUGUCGGGGCAACGGGUUCCGAGCGAAGCCCGCGGGAGCCGCGGAGGAGGCGUCGGGCAAGUAUGGCGGCGGCGUCCACCUCAAGGUCCUGGGCGCCCCUGUUUACGGCCCACAGCUCGAGCCCUUUGAGAAGUUCCCGGAGCGGGCCCCGGCUCCCCGUGGGGGCUUCGCAGUGCCGUCGGGGGAGGCUCUCAAAAGCAUGGACCCGGGAGCCUUGGAGCUCGUGACGAGUAAGAUGGUGGACUGCGGGCCCCCGGUACAGUGGGCAGAUGUGGCGGGCCAGGGCGCGCUCAAGGCGGCGCUGGAGGAGGAGCUGGUGUGGCCCCUGCUGAGGCCGCCUGCCUACCCCGGCAGUCCACGGCCGCCGCGUACCCUACUGCUCUUCGGGCCGCGAGGCACCGGAAAGGCGUUGCUGGGCCGCUGCCUCGCAACGCAGCUGGGCGCCACUCUGCUGCGCCUGCGCGGCUCGGUGCUGGCGGUGCCCGGUGCGGCGGAGGGCGCGCGCCUCCUGCAGGCUGCCUUCGCUGCUGCGCGUGGUAGCCCGCCCGCGGUGCUUCUCCUCAGCGAGCUGGACGCUCUGUUCCCAGCCCGGGACGAUGGCGCCGCCGCUGCAGCGCUGCAGGCGCCUCUACUGGCCUGCCUGGACGGCGGCUGCGGCGCGGGGACCGACGGCGUGCUGGUGGUGGGCACUACCUCCCGGCCCGCGGCUCUGGAUGAAGCGACCCGCAGGCGCUUCUCUCUCCGCUUCUACGUGGCGCUGCCCGACAGCCCGGCCCGCGGUCAGAUCCUGCAGAGGGCGCUGGCCCAGCAGGGCUGCGCGCUGAGCGAGCGCGAGCUCGCGGCCCUGGUGCAGGGCACCCAGGGCUUCUCAGGGGGCGAGCUGGGGCAGCUGUGCCAGCAGGCAGCAGCCGGGGCGGGCCUCCCGGGUCUGCAGCGCCCCAUCUCCUACAAGGACUUGGAGGCGGCAUUAGCCAAGGUGGGCCCUAGGGUCUCCCCCAAGGAGCUGGACUCGUUCGUGGAGUGGGACAAAAUGUAUGGCUCCGGACACUGA